GCCGGGGACGCGCGCGAGAGCCUAGCGCACCAGUGCUGCGCGACCCCGACAUGACGGGGCUGGAGCAGGACCCGGAGUUCGACUUCGAUUUCCUCUUCGAGUUCGAUCAGAGCGGCGGGGGCGCCGCGGCCGCAGAACACUACAGCUAUGCAUCCCCUAGCGUCACCUCAACUCUGCCCCUUCCCACAGCACACUCUUCCUUGCCAGCACCAUGCCAUGACCUCCAGACGUCCACCCCGGGUAUGUCAGCUGUUCCUUCAGCAAACCACCCGUCCAGUUAUGGAGGGGCUGUGGACAGUGGGCCUUCGGGGUACUUUCUGUCCUCUGGCAACACGCGGCCCAAUGGGGCCCCAACGCUGGAGAGUCCUCGGAUCGAAAUCACCUCCUACCUGGGCCUUCAUCACGGCAGCAGCCAGUUUUUCCAUGACGUGGAGGUAGAAGAUGUACUUCCCAGCUGCAAGCGGUCACCGUCGACAGCCACCCUGCACCUGCCCAGCCUGGAAGCCUACAGAGACCCCUCCUGCCUGAGCCCAGCCAGCAGCCUCUCCUCAAGGAGCUGUAACUCUGAGGCCUCCUCCUAUGAGUCCAACUACUCGUGCCCGUAUGCGUCCCCCCAGACCUCCCCAUGGCAGUCACCCUGCGUGUCUCCCAAGACCACGGACCCAGAGGAGGGCUUUCCCCGAGGCCUGGGUGCCUGCCACCUGCUGGGGUCUCCAAGGCACUCCCCAUCCACCUCUCCCCGUGCAAGUGUCACCGAGGAGAACUGGCUUGGUGCCCGUGGCUCCCGGCCCACAUCCCCCUGCAACAAACGCAAGUACAGCCUCAAUGGCCGGCAGCCCUCCUGCUCACCCCACCACUCACCCACACCAUCCCCCCAUGGCUCCCCUCGGGUCAGCGUGACCGAAGACACCUGGCUGGGUAACACCACCCAGUAUACCAGCUCUGCCAUUGUAGCAGCCAUCAAUGCUCUGACCACCGACAGCACUCUGGACCUGGGUGAUGGUGUCCCUAUCAAGUCGCGAAAGACAACCCUGGAGCAUGCGCCUUCCGUGGCCCUCAAAGUGGAGCCAGCUGGGGAAGACCUGGGCACCACUCCGCCUGCCUCUGACUUCCCACCCGACGAGUUCGCCUUCCAGCACCUUCGGAAGGGCGCCUUUUGCGAUCAGUAUCUGUCGGUGCCACAGGCCCCUUACCAGUGGGCAAAGCCCAAGUCUCUGUCUCCAACACCAUACAUGAGCCCAUCUUUACCUGCCCUUGACUGGCAGCUACCGUCCCACUCUGGUCCAUAUGAGCUUCGGAUUGAAGUGCAGCCCAAGUCUCACCACAGGGCUCACUAUGAGACGGAAGGCAGCCGGGGGGCUGUGAAGGCAUCGGCUGGAGGACACCCCGUCGUGCAGCUACACGGUUACUUGGAAAAUGAGCCGCUCACACUACAGCUGUUCAUUGGGACAGCCGACGACCGCCUGCUGCGGCCCCAUGCCUUCUACCAGGUCCACAGGAUCACGGGGAAGACCGUCUCCACCACCAGCCACGAGGCCAUCCUGUCCAACACCAAAGUCCUGGAGAUCCCAUUGCUUCCAGAAAAUAACAUGCGAGCCAUCAUUGACUGCGCCGGGAUCCUGAAGCUCAGAAACUCCGACAUCGAGCUGAGGAAAGGGGAGACAGACAUCGGGAGGAAGAACACCAGGGUGCGGCUGGUCUUCCGAGUCCACAUCCCACAGCCCAAUGGCCGGACGCUGUCUCUCCAGGUCGCCUCAAACCCUAUCGAGUGCUCCCAGCGGUCAGCCCAGGAGCUGCCCCUUGUGGAGAAGCAGAGCACGGACAGCUACCCCGUCAUUGGCGGGAAGAAGAUGGUGCUGUCUGGCCAUAACUUUCUGCAAGACUCUAAGGUCAUUUUCGUGGAGAAGGCUCCAGAUGGCCACCACGUCUGGGAGAUGGAAGCAAAAACUGACCGAGACCUGUGCAAGCCAAAUUCCCUGGUGGUUGAGAUACCACCUUUCCGCAACCAGAGGAUAACCAGCCCCGUCCAAGUCAGUUUCUACGUCUGCAAUGGGAAGCGGAAGAGAAGCCAGUACCAACAUUUCACGUACCUUCCUGCCAAUGUUCCAAUUAUAAAGACAGAACCCACGGACGACUUUGAGCCAGCUCUGACCUGUGGACCAAUGAGCCAGGGACUUAGUCCUCUGCCGAGGCCCUACUAUAGCCAACAGCUCACCAUGCCUCCCGACCCAGGCUCCUGCCUCGUGGCUGGCUUUGCCCCCUGCUCGCAAAGGAGCACACUGAUGCCCACACCUCCCAAUGCAAGCCCGAAGCUCCACGACCUCUCCUCUACUGCCUACACCAAGGGCCUCACCAGCCCAGGCCACAGUGGUCACCUUGGACUUCAGCCACCAGCUUCGGAGGCCCCCGCCAUGCAGGAAGUGCUGAGACCCAUGGCCAUGCAGCCCAACUCGCCUGAGCAGCCCCCGCCUGCCAGGCUGCAGCCGCAGGUGAGUCCACAUCUGAACAGUAGCUGUUCCCUUGGUUGCCAACAAGUGCUCUGUCCCAACAGCCCCUCUUCUCCACUUCCGUCUGCUGCCCACGAGCCAACCUGCUUACAGCCCUCAGCCCUCCCUCCUGACGUGGGCCACCAGCAGCAACAACUGCAGAAGGUUCAAAGAAAUGAAUCUCCAGCCGCACUGCCAGAGGUGCGUGAGGACAGUGCUCAUAAUUUGGCCCCUAUUCCUGUAGUGAUCAAGCAAGAGCCUGAGGAAUUGGACCAGUUAUACCUGGAUGACGUAAAUGAAAUCAUACGCAACGACCUCUCCUGCACAAACCCCCACUCCUAGCUCAGCACGUUGGAGCUGGCAGAAGCGUGAGGAGUUGGCUCAGUGCAGACAACUGGGCUUCAGCAAGCAAGACUUUGAUGAAAUAAACCGGACCCACAUCUGGUACCACUCAGAAAUCCCAACUUCGAGUGCUAGGAGCUUAUGUCUGAAGAAGUAGCCGUCUAAGGAGGAUGGAGGAGCAGAGGAACCACUGCCUCUCAAGGGAGGAAAAGGGCUGGCCAGUGAGG